AUGUCCCACGUCCCACCAACCCAGUCCAUUCCCAAACCAGAGGAACCUAAAGAACCACAACAGUCUCCUCAGCAACCUCAGUUCCAGCAAGUACCUCCGAAUUUCUACCAAUUUCCACCUCAAGGUUACUACCCACCACAAGGCUUCCCGAACUACCCUCCUCCUCAGCCUAUGCCUUACUUCCCCAACCCUUGGAUGUUCCAGCAAUUCCAAUCUCAAUCCAAAUCGAAGAGAGACCAAGAGUUCGAAGAAGGUCUGAACCGUUUACGCAAAGAGUAUGCCAUAGCUCCAAUUGAGAGAAAGUUGUUCCCGGACCAAAAAUAUAAUUUAUGUUAA